AUGGAGAGCGAGAAUCGAUCUAGCUUGCAGGCGCCCAAGAAGCCCUCGGUCCAGGGCCUUUCGGUGCUUGUCAAUCCGGACAGACCUGCGCUGGAGAGUAUUGUGUUCGUCCAUGGAUUCAACGGUCACCCUGACCGUACGUGGAGUUACAAAGGAGAAGUCUGCAAUGACCGCCAUGAGCACGAAGACGAUGACGGUGAACGUCCGUCGAAACGCCCAAGAUUCCUCCAGCCCACAUCGUUCAAUCGCAGGAGAAGCGGAGUCCGCAGAGCCGUGUACUGGCCACAAGACCUGAUUCCAACCACCGUUCCGGAUGCGCGCAUCCUCACGUACGGAUAUGACACACACAUCCGUCACCGGCUCGGUUCUGCUGUGAGCAGGAACACGGUCUAUGAUAUCGCAUGGGAUUUUUUGGUCAACUUGGAGGCAGAACGCCGGCUAGAGUCGUCGAGGCCGCUAUUGUUCAUUGCCCACAGCCUUGGAGGCAUUGUCGUCAAAGAAGCACUCCGGCGAUCCCGGGGCUGUGAAAUGCACCAUGAUCAUCUUCGCAGCAUCUACGAAUCCACCUCCGGCAUUAUCUUUUUCGGGACGCCGCACAGUGGUGCGGACCCGCGAGGACUGCUCCAGCACAUUGCCGAAAAGAUUGGAAGAGCUAUAGGUUUCACGGUCAAUGAGCAGAUUGUCAACACGCUGCUGCCUCCUUCGGAGCGGCUCAGGGAGUUACGUGACGAGUUUGGCCCGAUGGUCCGUCAAAAGAAAUGGACUGUACAUUCUUUCCAAGAACAAUACGGAGUCAUGGCCCUCAACGGCGACAAGGUCGUUGACGACACAGCUUCUUGUCUGAAUGAUCCAGGAAUCGAAGUCACUCAACACAUUGCCAAUAACCACAUGGGUAUGUGUCAAUUCAGUGGGCUGGAUGAUGUGGAGUAUAAGAAAGUCGUCGCCGCCCUGGGUCGAGUUCUAGAAGCUACCGCAAGACCGGCCCCGAUAGCUGUGAGGCCAGUCCUCAACCCAGAUGAACGAAGCAGCUACCUAGAUUCCUUGAGGUUUGAUCGAAUCGAUGCUCGUCACGCGACUAUCAAGACCGCCCAUGCUAAGACAUGUAGAUGGCUGCUCACAAAAUCCGAGUAUCAAGACUGGCGCAACGUCGACAAGAUCCCCGAGCAUCAUGGCUUCUUAUGGAUCAAAGGCAAGCCUGGAACCGGGAAAUCGACGAUAAUGAAGUUCGCCUUUGCAAAUGCCAAGAAAACAAUGAAAGACACCAUCAUCAUUUCGUUUUUCUUCAACGCGAGAGGCGAACAUCUGGAGAAGUCCGUGGAAGGGAUGUACCGAUCCCUGCUGUUCCAACUCCUGGAAAAGCUUCCAGAUCUCCAAACCGUCUUUGAUUCACUGGAGUCAACGGUGCCAAACCGGGGAGAUGUCUACCGAUGGGAUAUCGAAACGUUGAAAAAUCUUUUCGGCAGCGCAAUCGAAAAAAACGGGCGGUGCCACUUAACCUGCUUCAUCGAUGCCCUGGACGAAUGUGAGGAAGAUGAGGUGCGAGAAAUGGUGGCCUUCUUCGAACACCUCGGCCAACUUACAGUUUCAUCUCAAAUUCGAUUCAGUGUCUGCUUCUCAAGUCGCCACUAUCCACACAUCAGUAUCGAACAAAGUGUCGAACUAGUCUUGGAGGGUCAGGAGGGCCAUCGGCAGGAUAUGGCCAACUAUCUGCACAGCGAGUUGAAGGCUGGACGUGGCAAGCUGAUCGAAGAAAUCAGGGCCGAGAUUCUCGAGAGGGCAUCUGGAAUCUUCCUGUGGGUUGUCCUCGUUGUGCAAAUGCUCAACAAAGAGGUUGAUCGCGGCCGCAUACAUGCACUUCGGAAGCGGCUCAACGAGAUCCCGAGCGGGUUGGACGAGUUGUUCAAAGACAUCUUGACGAGGGACGGCGAAAACAUGGAGGACUUGAUUCUCUGCCUCCAAUGGGUACUAUACGCAAAACGGCCGUUGAAACGCGAGGAGCUCUACUUCGCCGUUUUAGCUGGAACGGAACCCGACGCGGUGGCUGCAUGGAGUCCCGAGGAGAUCACGAACGAGGUCAUGGAAAGAUUCAUUCUAAGCUCCUCGAAGGGGCUUGUAGAAGUGACGAAAUCUAAAGAUCAAACCAUUCAAUUCAUUCACGAGUCAGUACGGGAUUUUCUCCUCAAGGGCAAUGGACUCAACACGCUUCAGUCUGAGCUCUCGAGCAGCUUUCGGGACUCAGGCCAUGAACAGCUCAAGCAGUGCUGUCAAACCUACAUGAAAAUCAAUCUCUCCGAGUAUAUGCCCUCAACCGAACCGCUGCCCACUGCAUCCUCCGACGAGGCCGCAAAUCUCCGCCGACUAGUAUCUGGAAAGUUCCCCUUCCUUGAAUACGCAGUACGGCAUGUGCUUCAUCACGCCGAUGCUGCGAUUGGCUACGGAGUCCCGCAAGACAAUUUUGUCGAAAACUUCCCUCUUGGAGAGUGGAUCAGCCUGGACAACCUCUUUGAGAGGUAUCAGAUACGCCGCCACACACCCAAUGCGAGUUUACUAUACAUUUUUGCGGAGGAAAACUUGCCGAAUCUCAUCCAGAUUGAACUCGAGCGAGUCCCGCAUAUGGACAUCAAGGGGGAACGCUACGGCUUCCCGAUACUCGCGGCUUUGGCCAACGAAAACAAGAAUGCCAUAAAAGCACUGUUGAUGCCAUAUGACAACGCCGGGCCUGACAACGAUAUGCCUCACGAUCAGCCCUCCUGUUCUACCGCCAGGGACCGUGAAGAAGCAGUCGAAUGCCUUCUCCAGAAUGGACGUGACAUCUGCUCACAAAAGGAAUUCAUCAAAGGGCAUAAGAGUUUGCUCUUAUGGGCAGCCGAAAACGGCGCAGGUGCCGUUGUGAAGGUUUUACUUGCGACCAGGACAGUCGACCGGACAGUCGACCGGGAACUGAAGGGCAAGAACGGAGAGACGCCGCUAUAUACAGCGGCAUGGAGAGGGCAUGAGGCGGUGGUUAAGCUACUACUCGCGCGCGCCGACGUCGAUGUGAACUCUAAGGAUGAGAACGGAUGGACGCCGCUAUAUGGAGCGGUAUGGAGAGAGCAUGAGGCGGUGGUUGAGCUACUGCUAGCACGCGCCGACGUCGAUAUGAACCCUAAGGAUAAUCACGGAUGGACGCCGCUAUAUAGAGCGGCAGCGGAAGGGCAUGAGGCGGUGGUUAAGCUACUACUCGCGCGCGCCGAAUUCGAUGUGAACUCCAAGUAUAAGAACGGAUGGACGCCGCUACAGGCAGCGGUAGUGGGACGGCAUGAGGCGGUGGUUAAGCUACUGCUCGCGCGCGUCGACGUUGAUGUGAACUCUAAGGAUAAUCACGGACGUACGCCGCUAUGGGAAGCGGCAGCGGGAGGGUAUAAGGCGGUGGUUAAGCUACUGUUCGCGCGCGUCGACGUCGAUGUGAACUCUAAGGAUUAUUACGGACAAACGCCGCUACAGGCAGCGGUAUAUACAGGGCAAGAGGCGGCGGUUGAGCUACUACUAGCGCGCGUCGACGUCGAUGUGAACUCUAAGGAUAAUGUCGGACGUACUCCGCUAUGGCAAGCGACAGAGCGAGGGCACGAGGCGGUGUUCAAGCUACUACAAUCACACGGUGCACUUUCUUAA